AUGUCGACCACAAAAUGCUCCUUCAAGCGUCCCUUCCAGCCUAGCAUCAGCUCGUAUUUUGGCCACCCUACCCGCGACAGUGCCCAAACACCCGGCACCCAAGUGCACACACCAAGCUUUGCCCUCCCCAACACCAUACAAUCCUCUUUGCUGAACGUUGGAAUGCGUGUUCGAAAAUCCGUUCCGGAGGGAUAUCAGACGCAGCGGAAGUUAUCUUGCGGCGUUCCCAGUGCCUAUAAUAAUCUUACGCCGGAGCGCAACAGCGUCACCCCAUCGCGCGGCUUCACCGGCCUGGUGCCAUAUUGCGGGAUCCUCAAGAUCGGUGGUCACAAUACGCAGCCAGCCCCCUCCGAAGAAGAUCUCCCGCCCUUGCAGUUUGAUAGCGAUGACUGGGGGUUUCUGUCAAGUCAAGAAUCGAAAGCAUCCUCCGAUUCCCUUCGACCCAUAGUCACUGUGCCCGUGGUGAGCAACCACAAACGCCGUCGCGAGGACGAAGAUGACGAGUUGGAUGUGGAAUCGCAGCCCGUCUCUCCUCUGCCCAAGACGAGGAAGAAGCCCGUACUCGAAUCAUUUGAGCUGAAGGAGAGCGAGAUGAUUGACGUGGGAGGUUUUGGAGAGGCCGAAUUCUUCCGGCCAGACGAGUGGGAAAAUGAUUGGGGUCAUGCGAAGGAGACGUGA